AUAAAUACAAUUUGUACAUACAUGCUAGUAUAUAUAAAAGUGGCUGGUGUUUUUGCAAUUUUUUGCGCUCCCCCCGCCAAAAAAUAGCCUUCUAUAUUGGUAUAUUGGCUGUGUAUUAUCAAGCAACCAACAACAUCUUAUCAAUGUUUUUGAUGUGUGCUUUUUUUGUGAAGAAUAAAGAGUCUAACUAAAUAUGCCAGAAAACAAAUUAAGUUAGAAAAUAUUUCCAUUAAGCAGUCAUGUGAAUGAGAGAUCACACCGAAAAAAGGAAUUAACAAAUUGUGUCAACUUAAUUUGCUAAACAAAUAAAAGGCAUAAUUAUUACUGUAGGCAUUGCAAUUUGAUGCAUGCACAAACAAAGUUUUAUCUCGUAUUCGGCCGAACCCUGUGCGCGACGCGAAUUCCUAUUAUCGUUAGGCCUAAGAAAGAAUAUAAAGUUCGCGAAAACCACACCAAUUGCAUUAUAUAGUCAUCUAAACGUUAAUAAUAUUUAAAUGACUACCAUGAAAUAAGUGCACAAAUAUAGUAAAGAAAAAACAUUUGCCCACGUUAACUAUAAAAUAUAAAAACUAAAAUAAAGUGCUUAGCAAUUAUUUUAAAGAACACAUGAAAGUGACGGCCUAGCCUGUUAGACAAUAUCUUUUAUUGGGCAACAAAAAUCAGACUAAGCUGGGUAUUUACUUUUACUUCUGUCGUCGCAACCCAGCAAUAACAAACAAAAAUGAGUUAACUCUUUAAAGGCCUCCUUAUGUUACCGAGCUUUCACAACUUAAUGAGGUGCUCUUCGAGCGUUCUACAGCAAUCCACUGCUGCCACACCAGGCAGUGGCGUACCACAACCGUUUACUAGCAAUCAUGACGACCUUAAUUCAGCCACAUGUUCGGGACGAGGUGACUGCCUAAAUGGAACAUGCCUAUGCGAAAUACGCUAUUCCGGCGAUGAAUGUAGCGGUUUCAAUUUACCCUACUAUGCCGGCAUAUCAGGGGUAUUCUAUUUUGUGGCAUUGGUCUCUGUAAUACAAUUAUUCAUAUGCAUAGUGGCAGAAUAUCAGCGUCUAAAACAGCCAUCAGUAUUAAGAGCUUGUCGCAUAACGACCCAGAAAAUGUUGUACUUUAUGGUUUUCAUUGCUGCAUCAUUAAGGGGAGCCUACUUUACGACACCGUUGGAUUUACAACCACAAUGGGCGGUAACUCUGAUGUCAGCAUAUUAUCCAUUGUUGAUGUCCUGUGCUUCGCUGAUUGUCUGUAUGUGGGCUGAGAUUUUCCAUUUACGUGAUAUUCGCUGGGAGAAAUCACAGUUUCUAUCGAAAAGCUUUUUGGGAUUUAUUGCUUUCAACUUUCUGUUGUACAGUCUAUUCGGUGUGGAGGUGUUUUCAUCGCUCAUCAACUCGAAGCGUCAAACAUAUGCUCACAUAUUUAAUGGUUGUUAUGCUGCUCUUCUACUCGUGGUUGUCGUAUUUUUCCUCAUCUAUGGCGUGGAAGUAUUUUUCAAAUUGCGCGGUGGCUUUGUCUACGAUCAAACGGGAAAAAUACUAGGUCCCAGCGAAGCUAUAGUAAAUGCCAGCCAAUUGCAUCAGUCCCGUUUGGGUCUUCUGUCUCAGGCCAUUAUGCUGAUAGUGAUAGUUGGAUUUUUGACUUCGGAAACCCUGGGAGAUUUCUGGAAAACAAAAGUACCAGUUUAUUCACGAAAUUGGCAUGACAUCGUUUUCCGCAUUGUCGAAAUCGGUGUUGCUCUGUGGUUCCCCUGUUGCUUGUGGAAUUCUAUGGCUCCGGAGCAGUUGUGGAUUUUGAAUCCUCGCAAAUUAAUAUCUCGCCAAAUCGACCCAUCGAUACCGACUAUGUCAGCCGAAACGAAAACUCUAUCGCCCGAAGAAGGUCAAUCUUUUCUUAGCAAAAAGGAUUGCUGGAUAUGCUAUGACAGUGACAAACCAGAACCCCUGAUACAACCAUGCCGUUGUACCGGCGAUGUGUCUUCGGUACAUCACGAAUGUUUGAAGCGUUGGCUGGUGGAAAGUUGUAGUACCUCCGAAGCUCAGUUGUCAUGUAAAGUAUGUGGUUUUCCUUAUGAGAUAGAGAAAACAAAAAAACUUGAUUGGGAGAAGGGUUUCACUAUACAACACUGGUCCAAAACUGUUAUACUCAUUACACUAAUGUGCGUUGCUGGAGCCUCCGCCUGGGUUGUCAUCCAAUUGUAUGUGGACCCAUUGAUACGCGUCAUGACAGUCGGCAUUGCAGUGCUCAUUGGUUAUGUGUGCAUUAAGUGCUUGGGCGAAAACACUGUGGUGGCCUAUCAAAAGGCCAAGGUCAGCAGCAUAAACAUUGUCACAAAAUCCGAAAUGGAGAAGCUGCACACCAUUUGUGAGGAUGUUAGCAGCACUGCAGACGCCUCAAGCUCCUCAUAAAAGAAUGGUGAUGUACAUCAGUCGCCUUCUCUAUCUGCUAUAAACAUGAUUUCAUACGGUUUACGUCUUUUUACGUACGUGUACACUACAACAUAAUUUGUUUUUUAUUCUUAUGUAUUUUUAUCUAUGUGUAUUUUCAUAAUAACCAAACAUCACAGGCUAUUUUCAAUUUUACUAAUACUAUAACAACAAUCAAUUAAUUUUGAUUUAAACAAACAGAACUCAUUUAUAUUUACGUUUAUUGUGUAUUGUAACAUUUUUUUAUAAAAAAAAGGAAAAAGCAAAACCAGGCACAUUUGUAUUAAAAUUUACAAGUUGCUCAAUUGGAGUAAUGUGCUCUUUAAUGUGUAGUAGUGUAGUUAACCCCGCCCUCUUUCUUGGCUAGAAUUAAGAAAUUCAAUGAACAAAUCUUCCUCCUAAUGAUAAAGUACAUAAAUUUCCUAAAGAAAAGUAAAAAAGGAUAUCACCUUCACCCCACAACCAUCGAUCGAUCAUCAAUCACCAUCACCUGUCACUGAGUCAUUCGAAAGAGAUUACAAAUCAAAUAAUGCAAUUAUUACUUAACUUUCAAAGCUUUCAGUUUUUAUUUUUCGUUUUGUAUUCGAACAACAAAAUCAAAAACAAACACACAUAACAAUUCAACAAAACCCUGCUAAAUAUUUAUCUCCUGCAAAGCCAUUAGGCUGCAGUUGUGUAGAGAGAACAGUAGAUUAGACCUUAGGUAUAUAAGCUAAGACAUUUGCUACGAUUGAUUGAUAUACUUUAUGCAAACUUUUAAACAAACCGCCCUCUUCCCCUACCCCCUUCCUCUCAUAAUUUAUUCAUUUGACACCCAAACCCACACGAAUAUAAUCUUAGACUUAUUUUGAAAAGUAAAGUAUUUUUGUAAGCCAUAUUAUAUAUUGGUUAAAUAAUAUAUUCAUAUGCGCAUUCAUUGUAGCUAAAAACAAAUUCUCUACAACGUUCUACAUAACGCGCCAAAAAAAUAAUUCCCAUUAAUUUUAACAUGAGAAAAACAUAAAUUAUUGUGAUACAAAUUAAAAACAAAAUAAACUU